AUACAGAGAUGUUUCGUAAACAGGCGUGCUACGUACCGCAACAAUUUCAUCUAUUGCCGUUCCUCACGACGAGAGAAACAUUCUAUAUAGCGGCACGUUUGAAAGUCAACAUUAAUCAAAAUGAACGAGCAAUUCAUUUAAUUGUAAAUGAUAUUGCAAAGAGUCUCGGCUUGACAAAUUGCCUGGACACAUUGGCGUGUAAAUUAAGUGGUGGUGAACGAAAAAGACUCUCCAUCGGCGUGGAAAUGAUUGCCAAGCCAUCCAUUUUUUUACUAGACGAGCCAACAAGCGGACUCGACAGUGCGACCUGUAAUCAGGUAUAG